GAAAAGUGACAGAUAAUCUUCUUAUUGGCAUAGAAGUACCGGACGUACAACAGCAGUCGGAAGCCAGUACCUGCUCAAACCAUCCGGCGAGCAAGAUAUACACCAGCAGGGCAUCCUUCAGAUCCUCCAGCCCUACCAGGCAAGUCACCACAAAGGCGUUCCACCAAAGAUGCCAAAAGAAAAGGUUUUCCUGGGCGAAGGUCUAGAACCCAGCAGCGAGAAAGCCGACACAGAGACAACUCGAUACCUAGAGGACCUCUCCCGGCAAAUGGUCAACGCCCUCAAUGAGCGACAGUACGACCACCCCGUCUUCAAGCAUUUCACAGAAGUUACUUCCAAGCUCGACACGAAGUCUGGAAGCGGAAGUCUGUCCGAUCGUCUGGAAGAACAGAAACGUGUGACGACCAGCAAUCCCGGGUAUCGUAUCCUGAUCAAGGAUACGAGCUCGUUCAUCAAUGCCACGGAAGAUGUGGUAGAAGUCCUGCUGGUUGUGGAGAUCACCGAGGGGGUGGGAAUGGCGGGCGAGUCGAUCGGCGUGUUCAAAUGGAUGAAGCAGAAGUCGAAUGAUAUGUGGAAGUGCAAGGAGACGACGUAUAUGCGAGGCCAUCCAGCGGUUUGA